AUGUCGUUCAUAGUCAACCACCUAAAACUGGACCACUUUGAGCCCGACAGGAUCGUAACCUCGAACCUGGUUCGCCCCCUCACAUUGGCGAUCCUUCGUGGACUUGUAUGUCUGUACACGCUGAUUGUGAUCGUCUCUAAGUGGGUCACCGCCGAAAAUGCGUCGGAAUACUUGAAGUACUUUACCAACUUGACUUACUUUGGCCUUGUCGCCUACCUUGUCUGCUCAACGAUCUGGUCAAUCAACUACCUCCGCCAACCCCUCAACGCCCGGGCGACAUGGCUCAAAACCGGCUCCCCCUGGUGGGGCUACACCCACUGGCUCCUCUACUCGACCGUCAUCACCUACCACUUCAUUGUCCCCAUCGUCUACUGGGCCAUGCUCAACACCGGCGACCCCCUGAACGCCCUCGGCCACUGGCAAAACUAUUCCGUCCACGCCGUCGAUGGUGUCUUUGCUCUCUUUGAGCUCAUUUUCAACAGACAUUUCUUGCAGCCGAGACAUUCGUUUGUGGUGGCGGGUGUUAUGGUGUUGUAUAUGCUGUUGACGUUUGUCGUUAGGAGGACAUUGGGCGAGUGGGUUUACCCGUUCUUGGAUUGGGAUCAAGGCCCUAUUUGUGCGGCGUAUUAUUUGGGGAUUGCGGCAGGGUUGUUUGUGAUUUAUUUCUUCUUGUUGGUGGUGCACAAGUUGAGAAAUCGUUGGUUGGCAGGACGGUGUGCGGUUGUGAAUGAGGGGUUGGAGUUGGAGGCUGAAGCGAGGGUGGAUCAUGGAGGACGACGUGUUCGGCCCGAGGGGGAUGCUGGUGGUUAUCAAGACAACCAGAGUGAUUUGACCUUAGAGGAGGGUGUUGUCCGCAACUCCAAGAAUGAUGGCACCCACACGUACUAG